AUGGUGAAAUCUCCAAGAAAUAGACAAGAUCCGACAAUGGAAUCUAAUUACAAUCCUUACGAAGCCGCUCAACAGAAAUUUAAUCAAUAUCAGGACAAUCCCAAUGCUCCAACAAUCAUUACCGACGCGAACACGGCACCUCGGAUCCCUGAUUAUAAGGAACAACCAAUAACUACCAAGAGAGCCAACUAUAACAUGAAAAUUGUUGUUGUCGGUGAUGGUGGGUGUGGUAAAACAUGUCUUUUGUCAAGUUAUUCUAUGAAUGAAUUCCCUCUGCUUUAUGUCCCCACCAUUUUCGAAAAUACCGUGGUAUCAUUGGCUGCUCCGAGUGGGAAAUCAAUUGAAUUGGCCCUUUGGGAUACUGCUGGACAAGAGGAAUAUGAAAGAUUAAGACCUUUAAGUUAUCCAGGGGUAGAUUUAUUACUUAUCUGUUUUGCUUUAGAUAAUAUAACAAGUUUACAGAAUAUUCGUGACGUAUGGUUCCAAGAAGUUAGUCAUUUUUGUCCAGGAAUACCAAUUAUACUUGUUGGUACUAAAUGUGAUUUACAAUCAAGGAUUGACCCAGAGUUCCCUAUUCAAGUAGCAUCUGAAAUUGGAGCCAUUGGAUAUAUCCAAUGCUCUGCCAAAACCAUGUAUAAUGUCAGAACCGUGUUCAACUUUGCUUUGAAUCAUUAUCAAAGAGCCAUAGAAUUACAAGAACAAUUGGAAAAGACUUCUAGUGCAAGAAAGAGGAUGAGUCGUGUGUUGGGUGGUAGCAAUGGAGGUGGAAGUAAUGGUGGAGCAAGUUUCAGCAGUCCACAUUCAAGAAACCAUUCACGAAAUCAUUCAAGAAAUCAUUCAAAGGGAUACCAUUCAAGACAUGGAUCGGUUGCCCCUUCUCCAUUAUUAGACCAACCAUUAUUUGAAGAUUCAUAUGUUAAAGAUCCAUACAGAAAUGAUGAAUUUGCAUUUACUCAAGAUAGAAAAAAGAAAAGGUGUGUGAUUUUAUAG